AUGUCCUCACUAUCUCCUAAGAAACAACAGGAGCUUGCUGAUAAAAUUCUGGAAAGAGCAGAAUUGGCACAGAUGGCUAGAAAACUUAAGCUAGGGCUAAGUAAAGUUGCCUCGCCCAAGAAGAGUAACCCCUCCAACGUUGCGUUGGGGAACAGGAAUAAAAAAGGGAACAGUUCAGGUCCCGAUUCAGUUAACAUUCCAACGUCUGCAGGCAGAUCUAGAGCGAGAUCAGUAUCGAAGCCAAACCAUAUCUCGGAAUCACCAACCAGAAGGUCUGCUAUGAAGCCACCUUCCAGGAAUAAUGCUGUAGACGGUAGCACAGCUGGGAACACUUUUACGUCGUCAUUUAACGCGACAGAAAGGAAAACUAAGAAUUUGGAUACACGUAUGGACCACUUAACAGUUCUUAACGGUGAGAAAUCGGCGGACGACAGUUCGGAACCUGCAGUGCCUUCAACUCCGAAGGCCAGCUCUUCCCAAUUGGGCAGUGACUCAAAAGUACUCAACGAAGAAGGUGCGGAUCUGUUGAUGUAUUUGGCAACAAGUCCAUAUGCGUCGGCUAACCAUCCUUCUAGUAGUGGAAGGAGGCCGAGUGCAUCUAGCAACUAUGGGAACUCAAUGAUAAACCAUGGUAUUCCAUCUACACCUUCAUCAAAUGCAUACAUCAACCAGACCACUGUGGGGCCGGAAUCACAGUUAAAUGAUAUCGUUAGGUUGUCACAUAUGAAAGAGAGAGCCUCGUCCAGUUCACCACAAUCGACUUUCAAACAACCAGUCAUGAUCCCAACUAACAGCAUGCAUGAUUUGAUGCAAUCUCCAUCGACUUCCAUGUUCACUUCACCAAGAAGAAGACUAACGACAGAUGAUCAACAACUGUUAGUGCCUGGAACCCCAUCUAGGAUCGGAUUGUCUGCUUCAUCAAUGACAUCAGAUCAAUUCAACGAUUCUCAAUCAAAGAUCGGAUCUUUACUUAAGACUCCCAACUUUAAUAUGGGAGACUACGUACAUACACUUUUCUCGCCAUCUCCAAGGAUAGAUACCUCAUCUCAACCUAAGGAAUGA